AUGCUCCGAGCCCUCCUCGGAAGCUUUUUGUUGUUGUUUGCACGUGCCGUCGAGACACGCGCGCAGAACGCGCGCGCUCGCGGCCCGACGACGCGCACCGACGGAAACGUUUCGGAUGAUGCGCACGCCGCCGUGUCCGGCGCGUCAUUCGAUCGCGCGUCCAUCGAUCACGGACACGCUGCGGUGCCCAACUACGCCCCCGAGGCGUGGAAGUCUCAGGGGGCUGUCCUGGACGCCUACGCUGCGCUCCACGGCGUGCCGCAGGUCAAGCUCUCCCAGCUCUUGAACGAGGAGUACCUCGUGGAACUCGGGAGUGCCUAUCCCGAGGACCCCGACUUUCCCGCGAAGCCGUCGAACGGCAACUACAGGUUCAGGACGUAUAGGUGGAUCAGCAGGAUGGUGGACGUCGGUACCCACGGGCGCGAGAAGUUCCCCGACGACGUGACGGCCGCCAUUCGUGAACGCUGGCCGUCAGAGGAGUACACGGGGUACAAGCCGAGGAGUGGGAGAAGAAGGAAAGAAAGCGGAAGAAGGCCGCGACUGCGCGUGUAUCGCGUGGCUUCGCCGCAUCUGCGUACCCUCCUCCGACACUCGCCAUCGCGGCUCCACCGCAAGGAGGAUGCGCCAGCGAUCGGCGCCGCGGAUGGCGGGCAUGCGAACCAGGUGCUCGCCUGGCUCGCGAGCGUGCACAUCACUCCACCGAGCUCUGGACCAGGCUUUUGUGCCAGGGCGGCGAAACGACGGCACGAGGGCCCAGCCCCGGGCAGCCCAGUCGCGGUCCCCGGGGCCCUCGUUGGAGCACCGACGCCGUUAGCCCUUGGGGAGUUGCGGGAGGAUGAAACGGAACAGGAUCAGCCCGCGCCUCCACCUCCACCUCCGCCUCCGUUCUUCGGCGACCGUGUUAUUUGGGACCUGGGGUGCAUGGAGACCACCCUGGGGCAGCUCACGUGCCCAAAGUGCAGCGAUGCGCACCUGCUUUUUUCCCGCGACGCAGCGGGCAAUUUGCUGGACCAGCAGCAGGGGCUGCGACACAAAUACAAGCUCGUGUGCGAUUGCGCCGAGUGCGACUUCGCGUUGGACAUGGAGACCUCGCGCGUGAUGCAGACGGGCAAAACAGGGCGCCCGCCCGCCGAGGUUAACGUCGCGGCUGUCGCUGCCGCGGAGAUGACUGGGCUACGCCAGAAGGCCCUCGACUUGAUGUUCGUGGCCAUGGGGGUGCGGGGCAUCCACAACCGCCGAACUUACACCCGGCACUCGCGUUAUGUGCAGGACGCGAUGGUGCAGCUCGGCCACGCGCAGAUUCUCGAGAAUCGGCGCAUUGUGCGCGCAUUCUUAAAGGAGCAGGGCGUGGAAGAGGACGAGCACAAGCGGAUCCCCGUGACAGUCUCCGCCGAUGGGAACUGGCCUGUUAGGGGUGCCUGCUCGGCGUGUGGUCACGGGUGCUUGAUCUUCCGUGAUGACAUGCUCCAGGGGGGUAAGAGCUUCGUCAUCGCGCAGGGCUUCAGGCACAAGCACUGCGCGGUUUGUAGCUAUUACAAUUCAAACGAGCAUGCACAGCUUCUGGAACCCCCGCAACAUGCCUGCAAGAAAGACUGGGACGACACCUCCAAGGCGAUGGAGACGGACAUCCUCAUCAACUUGGUGGGUGAAGUCGGCCAGUACUACGACAAGGCGCGCGAAGGUGGGGCCGUAGUGCCGCGCGACGAGACCACGCUCCUACGGGUGGAGUACGUCGUGUGCGACGAGGACUCGUCCUUCAUGGUGAGGAUCAUGGACCAGUUGCCCGAGGACCUGAGGCCAGGAAAAUUGUCAGAUGUUAACCACCUGGCGAACAACUUUUUCAAGGCUCUGGUGGCGAUCAAGACGAGCCCUGAGUUCAAGAAUUCGCGUGUUCUCACGAAGAUAGAGGUGUGGCACCUCUCGCGUUACUGGCGCACCAUCGUCCGCCAGAACCCGAAGGACCCCCAGCGUGCUCACGAGCAGAUGAUGAACCUCGAGGCCCACGUCUUCGGCGACCACAGCAAGUGCAACCUCUACCCCACGAAGGACGCAAAGGGAGUCGUACAUCAGUGGUGCGCCCAUGCGCGUGGUGCACCUGAUGAGCCCCAGCGAAUCCUCUUCGAGGAAGAGCCCGAGGUUUCCCGAGUGGACCCCUCGGACAAGAAGAAGCGCGUGAAGGUAAAGCUGCCUCUGCGGAAGCGCCUUCACGAGGUGAUCUCCAAGUUUGGCAGCUUGGAAGUCAUGGAAAAGGCGGUGCACGGGCUUUCAUCAAACCCGAACGAAUCCUUGCACGCCACGGCGACGCACAUGCUCGGCGGCAAGCAUAAGUUUCAUGGGCAGAGUGGUUUUUUCGAAGCCACCAUGAGAGGGGCGGUGAUGAAAAAGGUGAGUGGGCAAGCGUUUCAGCUUGAUGUGCUGGUGAAGCUCGGAGUACCCGUGACCGAUGCCAUGCGCGCCCGCUUCGCCCAGAUCGACGCAGAACGCGCCGCCAAGCGCGAUUUUUUGUACGCAAAUCCAAAGGAGGCCUUGAAACGGCUGCGUCGAAAGACGGAGCGGAAGCACGCGGCGUGGAGGGAUAAGGAAUCCUACGGCAAGGGCGUGGCGCUGCAACACACACUAGGCACCUCAGCGGAUGACGACGCGGCGGAAGGUGGUGACGCGAGCGAGUCUGCGGAGAUCGUGGAGGAGGCUGAGGAGGAGUCCGAUGAGGAGGAUGAGGUCGUCUGCGAUUUCUGCCACGAAGGGAAGGACGCUGGAAAGGGCUCCAUGCACCUCUGCGAGGGUGGCGACUGCGACCAGGUUUGGCACAGAGAUUGCCUCGUCCCCAAGCAGGACUUCGAGGACAUGACGGACGAUGACACGUUCAUCUGCCCCAUGUGCCGGUACCAGCAGUGCCUGGUGUCUGACGAGGACGGCUGUGGGGAGCUCCAGGUAACGCUUUAA